CGCGCGCCUCCGUCACUACGUGACAGCGGGCUCCGAUGCGGGAGGAGUGGGGGAGCGGCGCGAGGAAGAAAAUGGCCGACGAGGCUACGGUAAAAGGGCAGGGACGUCGUGCGAGGUGCGCGUUGCGCGACGCGAGAUCGUCAGUUUCGCGAUAGACCGCACGAAAAAGGGCCGUCGAGCCUCCGUCGGGGGAAGGCCUGCCGCCGCCGUAGCUCGCGGUCGUCGCGCGCGUCCUGUCGUGGAGUCUCCCGGCCGACCGCGACCGUAACCAGGACUCGGUCCCCCGUCGCCGUCGUCGCCGUCGUCGCCGUCAUCGUCGGCGCCGCCGCCGCUGUCGCCGUCGCCGCGCUGGUGCAGUCGUCGCCUGCCGCGCGGCGGCCCACCAAUCGUUCGGGCGCUCCGAUUCGCCGUUGGGGAAAAAAAAAAUAACGCGUUCGCGGGCCGAGUUUAGCCGACGGAAGGGCUCGCCACCAGAGAGAGAGGUAAACACGGCACCCCGCGUUCACUGGCGCGCCUCUCUUCGCCGCCCGUCGUUCUUCCCGUUCUUUCCCGUUCCGUUUUCAGUUUCUCCCGCGUGUGAAGCGUGCGUGCGUGCGUGCGUGCGUGCGUACGUGCGUGUGUGUUGUCGGCCGCGUCGCCGUGCCGCGCCGCGCCGCGCCGCGCGAUCGCCGCCGUCACCGUCAAGAUUCCCUCCGCGUGCGACGAUUGAGAUCGAUCAGCAGGUUGAUAAAUCCAGAUUGCGAGUUGUAUCGCGAUUAUUAAAAAUCUACGAUGGCAGUUAGGUAGUCGUGAAAACUGACGUUUGGACAUUAGCGAACUUCGAAGCGCAUUUACAUUUAUUUUGAAGAUGUAAAGAUACAAUCAUAAUGAAGCCACAGAAGAAGGCUGUUGUUGCCAAAAAGGCAACUAAAAUGCCAACAGUCGCCAAGAAACGUCGCACAUUUACAGAGAAGAUCAUGCCGGAAGUAAAGAAGGAGAAGAAAUCAAAGAAAAAAGAUAAGCCGGAAGAUUUAAAGCGAAAGAUAGAUAAUGACAAGAAGAAAUUAGAGAAGGUAGAGGAGAGGAAAAAAUUGGAUGAAAAGAAGCUGGAGGAGAAGAAAAAGGAACGAUUUGAUAAAUUGGACGAAAAGAAGAAACAAUUGAACAAGGAUAAUGAAAAGACUGACAAAAUUGACGAGAGGAAGACGGAGAAAAGAGACGACAAGGCAAAUAAUGAGGAAAUGAGCCAAGAGAAUACGGAUAAGAAGAAAUUGCAGAAAUGCGAGGAGAAGACGAAAUUGGAGAAACUAUCGGCGGAUAACAAAAAGAAAAUUGAGAAAUCUGAGGAAAAGAAGAAGAAUGUGAAAUUGGACGAUAAUAUAAGUACGGAGGACAAUGCGAAAUCUUUAAAUACAUCGGAGGAUAAGGACGCGCCUGAAAAUAAGAUUGAUACCAUUCCUCCUAAGAAAAGAUGUAAGGAUGAGAAGAAGAAAGAUGUCAAGGUAAUUAAAUCUGAUAUGAAAUCAAUAUCGAAGAACUCUGUCGUGAAGGAUAAAAAAUCUGAACGGAAGAAAAUUCCUGAGAAGGAUGUGGCGAGUAACAAGAUUUCUUCUCCUAGAACGAAGAAGGAGUCUAAAGCAAAACAAAAUCAGAAGAAGGGCAUUACGAGAAAAACAGUUCUAACAAAAAAGCCUCAUUUAUCGGUAGUUAAAAGGCUGGUGGACAAGAAGAUCAAGUUAGUUAAUCCGGUGAAAGAUGAAGAAAUGAGCGAAGACGAGGACGCGGUUAAGAAAGCGACGAAGAAGAAGAGCAGUAACUUCGCUAAGAAUAAGACUUUGCAGGAGAAGAAACCAAAGCUGGCUAAACACAUGAAAGCCAAAUUGCCUCAGAAACAUUCGAAGAUCGGUGCUGUUCUGAAAAGGGAAGAUAAGUUGAAAACUAUAACGGAAAAGAUUAUGGCCAAGAAGAAAAUUGAAUUGAAGGAGUUUGACCAAGUUUCGACCGAACAUAAAAAGAUCGCGAACAAAGACGAGGCCUGUCUGGGGCCAGAAGUAAGUAACAUUAAGAGCGAGAUUGAAGAAGACAGGGAUUACGACAAGUGCAAAGAGGAGAGUUUUCAACCGAAAUUGCAGGAUAAUAAGAAAGCUAUCAAAAGUGGUAACAAAAUUAGCGGCAAAGCAGCCCCGAAGAAGGCCGGGAAAACAAUAAGGGUACAAACGGAGAGCAAUAAUCAAACGUCAGUUUUAUCUGAGGAUGCGUCGACCGAAGAAUCGAACAGACAGUCCAAAAUUUUCGAAGAUUGCUUAAAGUCUACCGCAAAUUCCAAGCAGGAACAAAUCGGCGCUGAGAAUACGAUUGAAUUGAAUCUGAAGGUUGAGGCAAUGAAUGGUGAGAGUGCCAGUGGCGUUACAUCUCAAUCUGACUCUGAGGGCGAUUCCGACGACGAGUGUAGGAAGGGUAAGCAAAAGGAUACGAGGAACAAAGAGAGGGCUAACUCACCAUCGGACGAACGUGCGCGACGAAUGCGACUUUUUGGCUUUUGGAGUGGACCAAAACGACACAGGGUCGCAUCAUUGAAUGCCUUGGCUAAAGUUCACUGCCUCUACGAAAAUGAGACCGGCGGAGUCUACCUUGGUGGUUUUUGCAAACCGAAACCCGAGAAGGAGAAAGAAAAGGAGAAGCCGAAGAAAAUGAAGGAGGAAAAGGAGGACCAGCCACGUAAGGAGAAGGAGAAGAGAGUUGACUGCAAAACGGAGGAGAACGUUUUGAAAAGAAAGCUGAGAAAUGUGCCGGGACUACGUGGCAAGCAUUGGGAUAUGCUGGAGAGUUCGUCGUCUUCGUCCUCCUCCGACGAGGACUGUGAGAAGGAAAAGAACGCUGAACCAAACAAGAAGAAAAUGAUCAAGAGGAGAAAGAGAAACGAGGAAGUAAUGGACUUGAAGGACAUGGUUGUUUGCAAGAGGAUGGCCAGUCUUAAUGCCACUGAUUUGGCUGCUUCCUACUCCGACGAGAAAAAUCGUUGCGGUAGCAGCAGCGAAUCCUCCUCCAGUGAAUCGGAAGUAGAGAUAAUUAAAAGACGUAGACAAAAUGAUUCAGACGUAGAUAAGAAGAAGUUAAGACAGAGCUCCGAUCCAGAGGAGGUUAUUAAGCCAUCCAAGAAAGUUGUCAUCGUUAACCAGGACACCGACGUCACUAUUACUGGUGUAUACGUCAAUCAAACCCGGUCUACCCAUCACGAAGGUUUUUGCAGUAUUGCCGGUAUGCAGUACAGAAUCAGUUCUACCAGUCACACUCAAACUGCAGCUACCGCGGUAGCUACUGAACUUCACGAUCAGCAAAAACCCGAACAGCCUUGCAAGUCUUACACACCACUCGGUGCAUUGUCUUCUAUGCAGCCACCAGGUAGCCAGGGUAAUCAUCCUAACAUGUCACCACGCAGGCAUUCAGCAUUCUCAGCCCCUCAUCAACACGGUGAGUCAAAUGCAACUGCAUGUCUCUACGCUUUAUUUACUAGCUUCAUCAAACACAGCCGUAAUUAUCGAAAGCUACAUCGAACUUUACAUUCCUCUCUCUGUUUAUUAUUCGACGUGAUUUAAAUUAAGUUUCCACGGGCCGCAUUUCAUGUGAAUUUACACCGCUCGUUAUAUUAAUUUACUCACCUCUCUCAUGAUAUUCAUGAUGCAAACUAAACGAAGAAUUACGUGUACAUUGGAUAAACGCAGCCGGGACGCCGUACAGCGUAAAUUGAAAUCUCCCGUAAAUUAUUAUAAACUAUGCUCGCGCGGGAUUUUUUUUAAUCGACCGAAACGCUGCAAAAAUUGCCCUCAUCUUUUUUUUCCAAAGCCACGUACGCCACUGCAUCGUUUAUGCGUGCGCGUGUUAUUACACAGCUCGGCGAUUUCCUCUUUCAACCCGUGGCGAGCGGUUGGCUUUUGUCUUUGUUCUAUUGACGCUUUCUCACCGUCCUCUCACCCUUUAUCCCGCUUGCGAUUCAUCGCGAGACAUACACAUUGCACGCAAGCCGAGAUGCCGCAUAGCCCCCGAUGACAGCGUGCGAAUACACGUGUUGUAUUAUGCGUAUGGAAAGCUACGCGUACAGUUUGCGCCAUUUACUGCGCGAUUCAGAAUCGAAAAGACGUCGCUCGGCUAUGUGUUUAUUACGCGUAUUGUUCUAUUUAUCCUAACAACUUGCGUAAUAACUCUCUUCUUAAUUUUAUUCACCAAUUAUUUGCAGAUGAACGAAAGAUACAUAAUCAUUCUUUUUUUUUAUUUAGUAUUUUAUUAUGCUAAGUAUUUAGUAUUUUUUUAUGCUAAGUAUUUAUCACAUUAAGGUCUUGACUCGACAGCCAUGAUAUAAAGAAAAUUAAUUUGCUUGGCUGAAGUAAAUUGUACUGUUAUUGAAAUACAGGGAUAGAAUAAUUGCAAAACGAAUGUAAUAUAUUUCGCUUAUUCUAUUUAAUUAGAUAUAUUCUGUUUUAGAUUGAAUCAAUCAUUAAAUUGAUAAAUUUUUUAAUUGUGCGAAUUUUUCGUUGUAUGAAAAAUUUCGGGAGCGAAAUUCAUAUAUAUUUUACAUAAUUCUUUUUUCAAAAGCCAUAUUGUCUUUUUCUGUACUUAUCUAAUUAUCGCACAAACAACGUAAAGUUCUAUUUAGUGUUGUAGAACUUUUAGAUAAUGUUAAGAAUCGUUAAGCUUGCUUCGAGCAGAAGCAUUGAUUUUAUUGGAGGAUAGUAUAACAUUCUCCAAAAAUUGUGUCUUACUUUCUGAGACAAGGGACAUACCAAAAUUAGAAAACUUCUUCCUAAAAUAAGACUGUCAAGAUUUAAGAAAAUGCACUUUCUCUGACAGUCUAAAGAUUAAUUCAAGAGGGGCUUGGAUUUACGUGUAAACUCAAUGCGUUAGAGCCAACAGUCUCACGUUAUAAGAGGUUUUCACGCGAUAUUAAGAAAAACCUUUUUAAACAUUUAAUGGAGAGAAAAGCAUCUUUAGUCAUGGUGCAGUUUAAGACUGCAACAAGUUUAAUCCUUAAUCGAGCGAGAAGCUUACUCCAGAAUCCCGAGAUAUUUACUUCUUAUUCUUAAAGUAAUAUUGAAUAAUAUCUAACAAUAAAAGAAGAAGAAA